CUUCACAUGUUAUGAACAUCUAGAUUCUAGACCAUCAUCUUAUCCCCUCAUCAUGUCGGGAAAAUUUCCAGAGGUUCAGGGUGGCGGUAGUCUGAUACUGGCAUGGCAAAUAAGGAACAAGCAUGUUCUUGUCAUCGGUGGUGGUGAGGUUGCAGCAGGUCGCAUUUUGAACGUCUUGAACGCCGAUGCCAAAGUCACCGUUGUUUCUCCUCGAGAGGGGCUGAACGAGGAGGUCGCCUACAGAAUUGAGAAGAAGCAAGUCGAGUACAUAGACCGCAAGUUUGAGCCGUCGGAUCUCGAUGGCGCCGACAUGGUAUUGACGGCUGUGGACGACCCUGAGGCGUCUUCACAAAUUUACAAGCUGUGUCAUGAGAGACGCAUUCCGGCAAACAUUGCAGAUGUGCCCCCUGAAUGUGACUUUUACUUUGGCAGUGUCCAUCGCGAUGGGCCGCUUCAGGUCAUGGUCAGCACAAACGGCAAUGGGCCCAAGCUUGCGAAUAUUGUUCGGAGAAAAAUUGCUGCAAGUCUGCCGGAUAACACAGGGGCUGCCAUACAAAAAGUCGGUGUGUUAAGAAGAAAAUUGCGCAAGAUCGCUCCGGCCAUAGAGGAGGGUCCAAAGCGCAUGCAUUGGAUGUCCAAGAUUUGCGAGUCUUGGAGCCUAGAGGAUCUGUGUGAAAUGGAUGAAAAAGAUAUGGAUGAGCUGCUCAAGUCAUAUAAGAGUGGAGACGUCCCAUGCCUGCAUGAAGUUCGGCAUGAAGGGGAACCUGUCGUUGGCUUUGAAGGUAGCUUUGGCUGGUGGUGA